GGGCCUCCUGAUUUUAUGCAUUGCUAGACGGGAGCCUAAGAUGCCGUACAGCAUGGCGGAGGAGGCUCUGAGCACCCCCACCCCGUGCCACCCCCUCCCCACGGGUGCUGGCUCCAUGUCUGUGUGACCGGCCCCAGGGGUAGAGUCCAGGCCCAACGCGGGGCGGGCCGGCGGCGGCGGCGGCUGAGGUGAGAUACGGCGGCGGCGCGGGCACCCGGCCCCCCAGCAGGAGGAUGAAACGGCGGAACGCCGACUGCAGUAAGCUCCGCCGCCCCCUAAAGCGGAACCGGAUCACCGAGGGCAUCUAUGGCAGUACAUUUUUAUACCUGAAAUUCCUGGUAGUGUGGGCACUUGUCCUCCUGGCAGAUUUUGUCCUGGAGUUCAGAUUUGAAUACCUGUGGCCAUUCUGGCUUUUCAUCAGAAGCGUGUAUGAUUCCUUCAGGUACCAGGGACUGGCCUUCUCAGUAUUUUUUGUUUGUGUAGCAUUCACAUCAAAUAUAAUAUGUCUGCUGUUCAUCCCUAUACAAUGGCUCUUUUUUGCUGCUAGCACAUAUGUGUGGGUUCAGUACGUAUGGCACACUGAAAGGGGAGUGUGUUUGCCUACAGUGUCCCUCUGGAUACUCUUUGUUUAUAUUGAAGCAGCAAUUAGAUUUAAAGAUCUCAAAAAUUUUCAUGUAGACCUUUGUCGUCCAUUUGCUGCUCACUGUAUUGGGUACCCUGUGGUCACUUUGGGCUUUGGCUUCAAAAGUUAUGUAAGCUACAAAAUGCGGUUAAGGAAACAAAAGGAAGUGCAAAAAGAGAACGAGUUUUACAUGCAGCUUCUUCAACAAGCCCUCCCUCCAGAGCAACAGAUGCUACAGAAGCAAGAAAAAGAGGCCGAGGAAGCAGCCAAAGGAUUACCUGAUAUGGAUUCCUCGAUCCUUAUACACCACAAUGGAGGUAUCCCAGCCAACAAAAAACUCUCUACAACUUUGCCAGAGAUAGAAUACCGAGAAAAAGGAAAAGAAAAGGACAAGGAUGCCAAAAAGCACAAUCUUGGAAUAAAUAACAACAAUAUUCUACAACCUGUAGACUCUAAAAUACAAGAAAUUGAGUAUAUGGAAAACCAUAUCAAUAGUAAAAGAUUAAAUAAUGAUCUUGUGGGAAGUACAGAAAAUCUCUUGAAAGAGGACUCAUGCACUGCUUCCUCAAAAAAUUACAAAAACGCCAGUGGAGUUGUGAACUCCUCACCACGAAGUCAUAGCGCCACAAAUGGAAGCAUUCCUUCCUCAUCUAGUAAAAACGAGAAGAAGCAGAAAUGCACCAGCAAGAGCCCAAGUACACACAAGGACUUAAUGGAAAAUUGUAUUCCUAAUAACCAGCUAAGCAAACCAGAUGCACUGGUAAGGCUGGAACAAGAUAUUAAAAAGUUAAAGGCUGACCUGCAGGCCAGCAGGCAAGUGGAACAAGAGCUCCGCAGUCAGAUCAGCUCCCUCUCAAGCACCGAGCGAGGGAUCCGCUCAGAAAUGGGCCAGCUCCGGCAGGAGAAUGAGCUGCUGCAGAACAAGUUACAUAAUGCUGUGCAAAUGAAGCAAAAAGACAAGCAGAAUAUCAGCCAGUUGGAGAAAAAGCUAAAAGCUGAGCAGGAAGCCCGAAGUUUUGUAGAAAAGCAGUUAAUGGAGGAGAAAAAAAGGAAGAAGUUAGAAGAAGCCACUGCUGCCCGGGCUGUUGCAUUUGCUGCUGCAUCUAGGGGAGAGUGCACUGAAACCUUACGGAAUCGGAUCAGAGAACUAGAAGCUGAGGGCAAGAAGCUCACAAUGGACAUGAAGGUGAAAGAAGACCAGAUCAGAGAACUAGAACUGAAAGUUCAGGAGCUUCGCAAGUAUAAGGAAAAUGAGAAGGACACCGAGGUGUUAAUGUCAGCCCUCUCGGCCAUGCAAGACAAAACCCAGCACCUGGAGAACAGCCUAAGUGCAGAGACAAGAAUCAAGCUGGACCUGUUCUCUGCGCUGGGCGAUGCAAAGCGGCAGCUCGAGAUUGCUCAAGGACAAAUCCUUCAGAAAGACCAGGAAAUCAAGGACCUAAAACAGAAGAUAGCCGAAGUCAUGGCCGUCAUGCCCAGCAUAACAUACAGUGCAGCCACCAGCCCCUUAAGCCCUGUUUCCCCCCACUACUCUUCCAAAUUUGUGGAGACCAGCCCCUCUGGACUUGACCCCAAUGCCUCUGUUUACCAGCCCCUGAAGAAAUGAAGACCAGCUGUGUGUUUUGCCCAACCAUUUGGUUACUAGAAGGCAUCACAAAGGAGCAUCUCUGGCAGUCAAGAUAAAAAAGUUUAUAUUGUAUUUUGUGGGACUGUAUAUGUUGUCAUUUUUUAAAGGGGGGGGGGGAAGAUAACAUCCAAGUCUGAUCAGAACUGCCCAUCAGUUUUUCUUGUAAAUUUUUAGAAGACCUCACAGAACUUUACAGAUUAUUUUUCUUGGCCAACACAUUAAAACCGUUCUUGGAUUUCGAGUAGCCAAUUUUGCCUUUUAUGUAUUCUUACAUAGUUUCCUCUUGAAGAAAAAAAAAGCAGAGUUUUUGCUUUUCAACCCUUUAUUUUUAUUUUGUUUAGUUCUUAAAUAAGCAAGCAAAACCUGCACAUUGGAUUCACAUGGGAUGAUAAUGAAAACUUUGUUUUUAGAGUGAAAGGGUUAAAUAACCAGCUUUGAUUUUAUAGCUACAUUAAAGAUGAUGACUAUUGAUAUUACAGAAAACAAAAAUUGAUUGUCCCUCCAAGAGCCAAACAAAUUCAAGGAGCAUCAUUUAAGCUGAGAAAAGACUUAAGCGUGGAGACUAGCUGUAAGAAUGUGACGGGGUAUACUUAAUUGUUUAUAUUCCCAUCAGUGUGUUUAGUCCUAAAAAAUUGAUAGCAGCAGUCUUCUUCACAGUGCCUUGGGAAAAGACAUUUCAAGAGGAAACAUGAUAAUUUUAAACUAUUUCCCCCCUUUCCAUCAUCUAUCUUCUAUCUGUAUCAAGCUCACUGUGGAUCCUGCUGUAAAACUGGUGGGUAGCUGGACUGUUCCUUACCACCAUGGCCACAUCUGUUUCUUUUAAUAGAAAACACCAUGUCCUGUACUUGCCUCCAGAAAGCACCUUGGGAAGGGAGUGGUGAUGUUUGUGUACGAGAGACUGUAAUGAUGGCUAAUAAAAGCUGCAGUUCUAGGUU